UUUAGAAUAUUAUCGUUUGCUCCAUUUGAAAUGGAGACUGCUUUAGCCAUAUCUUUUAUUUCCAAGUGCUUAGCAUUAAUAUCAUUUACUUUUAUUGAUUCCACAGGCAGUGAGAAGUUCGGAUGUGAGUACAAAUACAGUAGUAUCGCAGGAGGCUGGUUCAAAUAUCAACAAAUACCAGCCACCUGGUAUGACGCUCGCCUAAGAUGUUCUCUUGAAGGUGCCAUAUUAGCCUCUCCAUCUACACGUUACAAGUUAGUUGUAAUGUCUAAACUGAUAAACAAUAUUCUGGAUGAAGCUGAUGACUUUGAAUUGGAAGUCUUCAUUGGGAUCAGUGCCACGUUCGCCAAAGGAGAUUUUUCGUCAAUUGACGGGAUCCCUCUAUCAGAAAUAACUCACAGAUGGGCAGAAUCUGAACCCGACAACAAAAACAAUAACGAACAAUGUCUAACAAUGAAUUCAGAUACAUUAUUGUCUGAUGUCAACUGCAAUAAGACGCUCCCAUACUUUUGCUUCAAGCCACAGAAUUUAACAGGAGAAAUUGAUGAUUGUGGACCUAAACCAGAAUACGACUACGACAAACGAACAAACAGUUGCUACAAGUUUCAUACUGAAGCUCGUACCUUCUCCAAUGCGUACCUCGCCUGCUCCGCCGAAGGUGGCUACCUGACCAUCAUCAACAAUGAUGAAGAAGCCCAAGUCAUUAGGGAGUUGUUCUCCAAUUAUCCAGCUACCAGUAUGAUCGGAAACUUCGAUAAGUAUGUAGCUUUUGUUGGAGUGAAUAAAUGGGGUGAUGAUGGUGAAUGGAGGAGUAUUCAUGGUGAAACUCUCGAAGCAGCCGGCUACGCAACGUUCGCUGAAGGUGAACCAAACAACAAUCCCAUAGGUGGAGACAAUUGCGGCUCCGUAUAUAGAAAUGCUGAACUAAACGAUGUUAACUGUGAAGAACCCCAUGCUUUUAUAUGUGAAAAGAAUCCUAAAUAUCCUGCUAUUUGUGAUGAUGAAAUAAAUGAUCAAACAUAGG